AUGAAUCUUUUCUGCUUCUCUUUGGAGGGCUCUAUGGACAGCCUCUAUGAGGCAGUACACAGCUCCAGUGAAACUCAGGUCUACACCAUCCCCAGCCGCUCAUGCAGUCCAGCCAUGCUGCUGGAGGACACCACCAGGUGGCCUGCCACUGGACGCUCCGUCUCCAUGGAGAUUUCACAGAUCAACACAGAUCACAAAUCAAACAAUUCUAAGAAGAAGAAAAAAAGAACCCUAACCAAAUCUGUGUCUGACAAUGAAGCUUUAGACAAUACCAUAUGCGCAAAUGAUCCUUGGCUGCCGUCCAAAAACCACAAAGAUUUAGUCACCACCACUAAGACCAAUCAGAAUGAAGAGCCAGUGAGGAAGUUUGCUGAUGCUCAGACAGAACCCAGACAUCAUCAGAUGAACUUAGAGAAAACAGAGAAAGAGCCGUCCAUCCAGCAAAUGGUCUAUUAUGAAGGAUGGAACCCAAACAAAGAGCGUCCAAACAGCAGACCAGGAGAUGUGGUAUGA